AAUCAUUUGGACAAAAUAUUCAUUAAAAACAAUCAUAAUUUUAAAAUAAUUUUUUUCAAAAUGACUUCAAACAAUGACAAAGUCAUAAAAUUCGUCGAAAUUAUUGAACAACACGAAUGUUUAUACAGGAAUAAUAUUCCUGAAUACACAAAUAAAACGAUUGUCCAAUCAACUUGGGCUGAAAUUUCCAGAGAAAUGGAAUGGCCUGUGGCUGAUUGUUUGGAGAAAUGGAGAAACAUAAGGCACGCUUUUGUGAGAAGCCUAAAAUCCAGCCACAAGCAGAAGCAGUAUUAUCUGCAUAAUAAUUUGUUAUUUCUUUUGCCGUUCAUUAGAAAGAGCCCAAACUGCUCGAUUGAUCACGAGCAUUUUGGAGCGAACUGCCUUAGCAGUUCGCGGGCCGAAAACGAGACAACAAAUAGUAUUGAAAAUUUAGAGCCACCGCCGCUACCACCGCUACCUCCAAGGCCAUCCAUUAGUUGGAGUUCCUUUUUAAUGGGAUUGGUUCCACAAUUAGAACAAAUACCUGAAGAGGAGACUGUAGAAGCCAGAAAAAAAAUCAAGGACUUUGUUGAUCAAAUCCUCAAAAAGUAGAUAUUCUGUAAAAUAAAAUAAAAUGCACGACUGGGUCGAUCUUGUUCUUAGAGUUAAAGUUGCUUAAAUUUUUAAGAAUUUUUAUAUAGAAAUUUCGGAAA